GUAUGAUUACAGAGCUGGAUUCUGGGGAGUAAUGGGAGGUCCAUGUCUUGGAAUAUUACCGCCAUUCAUAGAAGAGCUAAAUUACCCGAUGCCAGAGAAUUGCGCAGGUGGAACUACUGGAGUGUUUGUAAACGGAAGAGAGCUUCACCGUAAAGAUUUAGACUUGCUUGCAGCUAGAGGUCUUCCUCCAGACAGAGAUAGAUCAUACAUUGUUGACAUUACGGGUAGAGUCAUCGAUGAAGACACCGGUGAAGAGCUCGAUUGCCUCGGAAAACUCGCCCCGACGAUUGAGAAGUUGAAGCGUGGGUUUGGUAUGAGACUUCCGAGGAGAGCUACGUGA